ACAUAAUACAUAGAUGGCGCUCGACCUCAUGUCAAACUUUGUCUUUUUCUUUCUUGUUCUUGUUGGCUUUAAUCAUAUCAUACGUUCGGUGUUAGUUUCUCUUUAAAUUCUGUGAAGUUGUUAAUUAUACUUCGGUAAUAAUACGAAGAAGUUACUUUAUUUAGGUUCUUCUGAUUAUGACCGAAAAAGAAACUGUUGACCCGCAACUUCAAGACUUCAUUUUAGCUGAAACGCAGAAACAACGUUUCCAGGUGCUGGUGCAUGGUUUGACAGACACUUGCUGGGAGACAUGUAUGGGACGGCCAUCCACCCGUCUCGAUUCAAAAACUGAAACAUGCAUCAUGAACUGCGUUGAACGAUUUAUUGAUGCAACUACUUUCAUAACUAGACGUCUCAUGAACACUACCAAGUAUCGGUCUGAAGCACCUCUUGAAUUCCAGUAAUAUUAAAAUACAUAUAAUACAAAAUGUUUUCUACUGUCAGAAACUUUUUGCACCGUCACAGACGGAAGUUCUUUGUGACAGGUGCCGUUUUUGGUACAUUGUACUUACUAAUGAGCUAUGCCCAGAAGAAGCUAAGAGAAUGGCAGGAGAAAGAAGCCAAAAAAUUCUUUGAAAUGACACGGAAGAAACAACACUUUGAAAGUACUGAACGUACAUGCAAUCAGACUAUUCUUUCUCUAUCAAAGAUUGUGUCUGAAAGUAUUUUAGGUAUAUUAAAUACUGAAGAAAUUGUACAAAAACUGAAGGAUAAUCCCGAAAAUAAACUUUUGUUAUGGGAGCAGAUGAAAGUUAUGAUAUUCACUAGGAUUUGUGUUUUGGUAUAUGCUUUAUCCAUACUUCAAGUAACUUUGAGAGUUCAAUUGAACAUUGUUGGUGGAUAUUUGUACCGUGACUCAAUAGAUGAGCAGGGACCUCAAAUUAGCAGUGAGUUACAAGCUAAGUAUCUGUCUUUAUGCCACCAUUUUGUAGGGCAGGGAGUAGAAGACUUAGUAAAACAAAUAGAAAAGGCUGUUAAACGAGUUGUGGAGCCAAUUUCAUUGAAAAAGAAAAUAACAUUACAAGAAGUUGAGCAGAUGUUCUGGUCGAUACAAACAAUAUUAUGUACUGAUACAACCGACGGGGAUCCUGUGAAAAAAAUGGUUCACUAUUUAGUUCAACAUACAGAAAUAACAGAUGCCAAGUUGGAUACACUUGUGAAAGAAACGAUGGACGUUCUAGAAAGUGAUGAGGUGACAUCGGUAACAAUGUCGUCUGUUACGAGAUGCUUUUCAACUGUUGUUGAUGAAGUUGCCAAUUUAUUUGUAGACAAAUUUGUGCCAACAAACAAAAACCAUUUAGAAAUCGCAGAGGAUCAUGUGAUAACUAAUGGAGCAUUAAAACUAGGUGCUGGAAGGGACUUUGUUGAUGUUAACAAAGUUGAAAUUCACUUUGUUAAAUUACUACCAGCUAUCAAUGAGCUAAUUACAAAAAAUACAAGCAAGGGUAAAUCUAACAUUCCAGAUAUUUUAACUCAACAGUUAACCUUGAAUGACAAAAUGAAACUAUUAGGUGCUAACAUAUAUGAAGUGUUUAGCAAUGAAUAAAUGUCUGUGACUUAUAAAAAAACUAGUUGGGUAGCUUUGAACCUUAACAAAACUUCAGAGUGUUAAUGCAUCUCUAAAGUAACCAAAAUUUAUUGAUCUAUUUAUUGUCACAAAUAUUAGAAAACUCUUUUCUUUGCCUGCGACAUAGCCAGUUGGAUCAAAAACAAACUGAACAAAUCCGGAUAUGCGGACAGACAUAGACAAAAUUAAAAGAAAAUAGUUUGUCAUUAGAUGUAACUCGAAUAUGUCAUAUUCGCGAAAUAUUAUUUUUUUCAAUAUUAGAUCCAGAUGCUCCAAUUUUAUUACAUACUUAAUUGUAUAGAUAUAAUAUGUUUUAAAAUACAUAAUGACAUUGAUAAAACACAAAAUUUGAAGAAUUUCCAUUUAAAGUUACCCAAGAUGACUGUAAUUUCUAGAAUAUAAUAUAAAUUUGGGAAAUGUGGCUUAGUUUUAAGUUUACUACAAGAAUAUACUAUCGGUUGAUUUUAGACGGAGCUCCACUAUGUUAUAUGUUAUUUUCACAAUAAUGAAACUGUUAGCCAGUGUAUUUUUACUAUGGUAUGUAAAUUAUUUUGUGUGUCUUAUUUCAGGGAAAGAAAUAAAUAGCAAUGGUUAUUA